AUGCGGAGCCUGAGUUCACAGGCUGUAGAAUGUUAUGGAGGUGUUGAUUGGGACAGACUGCAGAUUGCUGAUACAGUUGAUGAAGAGGAGGGAAUCACUGAUUCACAGAGAUGGGAAAUAAUUUGCAAGCUGUCUAUGGGCAUUGUCAAAGGACUAGACCACCUUCACACAGCAUUGCAGAAACCAAUCAUUCACGGCAAUCUCAAAACAAAUAACAUUAUGCUUGACGCUGAUUUCCAUCCCAGGAUAUCAGACUUCGACAGAACAGAGAAUCUCAUUUAUUUACCAAAUACACUUCGACAAAGAACAGAGCUAGAAUCUUUCUGGCUCAAACUAAAAUUACAGGGUCUAAAGCAUAUAUUUGGUACUUGCUACUACUGCAAACUUGAUACAUUGGCACACAAAAUUGCUAAUGUAUACAAGGUUUGCAAGCGGCGGAUGAGCACGCUGGCGCAGCCCAGGUUCGCCCCUCUCCCUACGGAGCAAAUUGAAUCCCAAACAGAUGCCGUGGCUGCAGGGUACCAGUUCCGGCUGGUCUCUUACAACAUCUUGGCCCAGGUUUAUGUUAAGAGUACGUUUUUUCCUCAUUCUCCAUCUGCGUGCCUCAAGUGGAAAUCUCGAUCGAAAGCUAUUCUUACAGAACUGAAGAGCUUUGAUGCUGACCUCAUGUGCAUACAGGAGUUGGAUGAGUAUGAUACCUUCUACAAGAAAAAUAUGGAAAACUCUGGAUAUUCAAGUAUUUACAUUCAGCGAUCUGGAGACAAAAGAGAUGGCUGUGGUAUAUUCUAUAAACUUAAAAGUGCAGAACUGGUGCAGAAAGAAGGAAUACAUUACAAUGAUUUAGUGGAAAAAUACGUUCCUAGUGAUCAUGUAAAUAGUGCCCUGGAAAAUAAUUCUUCAACAGAAGAAGACAAGAAUGCAAAAACAGAUAAUAGCAAGCGUGGAGAUCCAAAUGAUCCACGCGUAAGAUUGAAGCGUGACUGUGUUGGUCUACUCGCAGCUUUCAAGCUUAGUGAUCCUUGUGAUCACAUUUUAAUUGUGGCAAACACACAUAUUUAUUGGGACCCAGAAUGGAUCGAUGUAAAGUUAGCUCAGGCAAAAUAUCUUCUUUCGAGAGUAUCUCAGUUUGAGCAACUCAUCUCAAAUAAAUAUAAUUGUAAACCUUCAGUGAUCAUUGCUGGUGACUUCAAUUCGACCCCUGGUGACAAGGUAUACAAUUGCCUUGUAUCUGCCAACCUAGAAUCUACAGAUGAAGCUCCAAUCAAGUUACGCAGCCUUUAUGCUGCGAAUGGAGGGGAGCCAGAGUACACAAAUUACACUCCUGGUUUUACUGGAACACUGGACUACAUAUUCUUGUCGGAUGGUAGUUCAAUAAAACCUACUAGCCUACUUUGUUUGCCGCGAGGGGAUUCUGAGGAUGUGAAAGGAGGCUUGCCCAACUUUCAACAUCCUAGCGAUCAUCUACCAAUUGGUGCUGAUUUUCUUGUAGUUAACAGCUAG